CCUUUAAAAACAAAACUAAAAGGGUACCUAUGUAAUAGCAGCUCUAAUCUCUAUAUAGGUAACUAGAGGUCCGCCCCGGCUUCGCCCUUUGAUCUUGGUGGUUAUAAAAGAAUCUGGUCACAGUAACAGUCUUGAGUAGGUAAUACCGAGUAGAAUGUUUAUUUUAUUAUUUAUUUAUUUAUUUAACCCUUUAAUAGUUGUACAGUUAAGAAACUUUAUAACUACUGACACAUAGAACAGAGUACCUACAACAAUUUUGGCGGCCUUAUCACUUAAUAGUGAUCUCUUCCAGGCAACCACGGUAAAAGGUAAACAAGCAAAAUAAUCACUAAUUGGCGGGAUGAGAACAGAAAAAAGAAUAAUUAUUAACUACAAGAAAUGUAGAAAUGUUGACAAAUUAUUAGACAAAUUUGUAGCUCAAGCACCACAUUUGUACAAGCACCACACGUUGCACAGAUAAAAUCACUGUAUCACAGAAUGUAUAGUGUCAAUAACGCGAGAUAACGCGCCGUCCAUUUGAUUACCUACCACUCCUCGUCUGGGCAGUCUCUACGGGCACGUUUACGUUGUUGAAGUUCUGGAAACAAUUAUUACAAAUCAGAAUAUUAUAAUUACCCUUACUUAUAUCAUAUAUGCGACGUGUGUUUAUGCUUUUGUGUCUGGAGUCUGGAGAUAGUUAUGACGUAGUGCCUAUUAUACAGUCUACUUUUUACCGUGCCGAAACUAAUAAUUCUAAUGGGAAUUUCCUUUCAUUACGCUUUGCUGAUGUAAUCACGGGCGGAAAGCUGAUAAAAUAUUGUAAUCUCAGAGACAAGCUCCAGUUUGAUUUACUUCGAAGGCGAUGUAAGGACAUGCUAGGCCACUGCUACUCAGAGUUUAAAAAUCACGCGGCUGAUCAUUUACGUCAUCGUCCUAAACAUUUUUGAAAAUUCUUUAAAGAUAAAAUGAGCAACUGCACAAGUUUACCACAUGUAAUGGUUUUUAAUAAUACGGUAGUUAACUUAGACUUUCUCAGAUUUUUUUCAAUCAGUAAAUUUUUAUUCAUCGAAUUCAACGACUUUAUCCAAAACUUUGCGUGAUGCAGAUACAGACAUUGGUGUCGCCCCUUUUAGCACGUUGGUAAUAUCUGAAUAAUCAAGUAUUUACAGACUUACAUCUGGGUAUCUCGAAUUCCGAGAUUCUUACCUAAUUUAACCUUAAAUGACUGGGCCAGAAAAAGAACUGUUAAAUCGCUUUAAACUUUUAGAUGCCAAUAAAGGCAUACCACCGAUAUUCUAUAAAAAAAGCCUAUAUGUACCUACCACUUAGGUACUCCAAUCUUUAACGAAUCAUUAAAGUUAGGCUUCUUAUCAUCUACGUGGAAACUCGCACACUUAACUCCGAUUCACAAAGCAGGCUCAUUAAACGAGAUUACCCAGUACCAACCUGUCUCGAUUCUAAGUACACCUGGAAAAGUUCUAGAAGACAUAGCAAAUACUAAACUUUUGGCCCACAUUAAAUGUAAAAUUGAUCAAAACCAGCACGGGUUUCUGCCCCGUAAAUCAACAAACACAGACCUUAUAGGUUAUGUAUCUGAUAUUUGAUAUAGCUGAAGCACUUGAUAAGAAUCUCGAGGUUCAUGCCGUGUACACCGAUUUCGGAAAGGCGUUCGUCUUAGUAAAUCAUGAUCUUCUAUUAGAUAAGCUCUUACAUAUGGGGAUACACGGAUCCUUAUGAAAAUGUAUACUAUUCCAUCGGGAAUAUCGCAAGGCCAUCUUGGUCCUCUCUUCUUUCUAAUCUUUAUCAACGACCUCCCGCGUGUAGUACAAUCCAACUAUAGAAUGCACGCUGAAGAUUUAAAAGUUUAUAGAACGAGACCGAGCAUUUAUAAAAACAGACGUUGACAUACUUCAAUGAGACUUACAUAAUAUACAAAAAUGCAGGUGUACAAAAUAUAAUCACAUGUGCUUAAAUAUUAAUAAAUGCUUUCACAAAGGCUAUCACAUUACAUUUUCUAGAAAGAAAAUUAGGACACCUGUUACUUAUACCUUAUAAAUAAUUUACUACUCACGGAAGUGAGCUUUAUCCGUGACCUAGGCGUGAUCAUGGAUAGUUCUAAGUUUUAGAAUCCAUUAUGAUCAUAUUCUCAAAAAAGCUUCACAAAUAUCCGGCUUCGUCACGAGACAAAUGAGAUUUCUGAAACAACCUCAACUUACCAUUUUAAUUUAUAGCACCCUCGUACGUUGUUGAGCUGUCUGGAGCCCUAGUUACCAAGUCCGUCCCGAUAGAAUUGAAAGAGUUCAGAAACAUUUUUUGUACCAUCUUAUUUACUCAGAUCAUAAAUGUAUGGUUUUAACUUCCUAUGACCAGCGUCUAUCGUACUUUAACUUGAGUACACACACAUACACGCAGGAAAGUAGCAGAUGCAAAUUCACAUAAAUUUAGGGAGCCUUAAGUGGAUAUCAGUAGUCCGUAUGGCGGAGGAGGUUAGCCGUUAGUCCCACGGUAAUGAAUUUUAUUUUAAUUGGGGCCUGUACUAUUACUCAUUGUACGAUAAAACUUAUCGCUGAUACAGUGUGGACUGUGGAUGCUAUGUAUAUAAUCAAAGAAAUAGGGUUUUUUAUUUUCAAAUUUCCCCCGUGAGUAAUUCGAUUAGAUAUAUAAUAUAUUCGAUUAGCAUAAAAGCAUUGAAAUUUAUAAAUCAACGUUAAUUUUUAUUGAAAGUUAAGAGUAGAGGUGCUAAAAUGCCGGGUCAAGAUGAAAGAACUGUGGAAGUGAAUGUGAAAACAGCGAAGAGAUCUAUAAGCAAUACUAUUGAAUUGCCUUUGUUUCUGUACAUAGUGGCUACUGCACUUACCAGUAAUAUACCUACAUUUUUUUAUUUAUUUUUAUAAUUUUAAAAUAUGUUCGUGACAUUUGCAGUUGUACUUAUUGUGUGUUUAUAGUAAACGGCAAUUAUCUUUUGCUAAUGAAUAUUGGACCUUAUUAAUCCAUAGAUCGAUAGAUAAGACUAAACACAUAAUAUCUACCAUACCUAGCGGAAAAAAUGAGGAAAAUAUGAAUAUUUUUUUAAAAUUAAGUACCUACUUAACUACCUAUGCAAUUGCUUCACCAUCAAUUUUGUAUAAUUACAGAUGCUGCAUUAAGUAAUAUAUUUCUUUACCGCACAUGUGUACACGCUCUCAACUACACAGAGGCAGAAUGCAGACCAUAUCUAUCCCCUAUAAAAAACAACGAGACAAGCCACCUUGAGGCCGAGGUCCAAAAAUACGCUACACUCUUAAUCACAGUGAAGAUGAUUUUAGAAGCAGUUGUUCCUGCAUUUCUAUCAUUUUUCCUUGGCGCCUGGUCGGAUACGUAUGGAAGGAAACCGUUAAUUGCUUGGACUAUUUUAGGUUCAUCAAUAACGAGUAUGCUACUCGUUCUAUACGGUUUAUUGGAUAAUCUGGGACCUUGGUGGUACAUUGUCACAAUAAUACCAUUUUCCAUUACUGGUGGUUUCAGAGUAUUGCUUACGGGAGUGUAUUGUUAUGUUAGCGAUAUAACUUCUAAGGAAAACACAUCGCUAAGAAUGACUAUGAUUGACGCCGCGACAACAUCGGGUUCAGUAAUUGGAUCAUUAUUAAGUUCUUACUUGAUAUUGUCCAUCGGAAAUGUGUAUCUCCUGUUAUUAGCAGCUUUGUUGAAUGUAUUCGCUUAUGGAUUUACAAAAUUUUUUAUUAAGGAGUCAUUAAAUGGUUCAAUACAGGGUGGAUUCACCAGGGUGUUAGAUCUUUUACAUGUUAAGGAUAUGUUCAGAGAAUCUUUCAAACGACGACCAAACAACGGGAGGAUGCAAAUUAUAUUAAUAGCGAUGGCGCAGUUUCUUCUGAUGUCCAUUAUGUAUGGGAUAAUGCCAUUGGAAUAUCUGUUCACCAGGCAACAAUUGCAAUGGUCCUUGCAAGACUACACGAUAUAUUCAGCCGUCAGUACAUCCAUUUCUUUUGUGGGAGGAUUUCUCGGAGUAAUGGUUGUACAAAAGUUACUACGACUGGGCGAUAUUAGCUUCACCAUAUUUGGUUUAUUGACUUGCAUAAUUGAGUACAUCUUGAAAAUUCUAGCCUUCGACUGGUUGUUUAUGUACUUGGGUUCCUUGAUUUCAAUAUUCAAAGGGCUAUCAAGUGUGCUGUUGAGAUCUUUUAUAAGCAAAACGUUUCCAAGAGCAGAUGUGGCGAAAAUAUUCGCAUUAAUAUGCGCUUUUGAGAGUUUUGCUCCGUUAGCUGUACCAUUAGUAUACAAUACAGUGUAUGCUAUGACUGUGGCCACGCUACCUGGAGCUAUAUACAUUUUGAGUAUUGUUUUUGUGACAGCAAGUAUCAUCAUGUUAGGGUUUGUUCAAUACUUCCAUUGGCGAGCGACACGAAUUACGUACAACAACUGCGAUUCUCCAGAUGCCUAACCAAGCGGCAAUUAUGACAAUAGAGAAUUGCACCUCUAGAACUAAAUUAUAUUUAGUGACGAGUUCGUCCUACCGAUAUCAUAGGUGUUGAGGAGAGAUGUAGACUAAUAAAUAAAUAAGCAUUACAAACGAAAAGUUAGUGUUAUAACAAACAAUUGAUAUUGUAAAUUAAUUUUAUUCAAGUGAUUAUUUUUAAUUGACUUUAUGUAAUAUUAUUUUUCUAUUACAUAUCUCAUUUCUGGCACUGAGACCAGUUACUUAACUCUAUUUUCUUACUGGUAACAUUUAUUUUAGACAUAAAGUCCAAGUAAAUCUUUAAAAAAAUGUAGGUAAUAAUCCUUAAAAAAGGCAUAAUUUUUGAAUAAAAAAUGUAUCGAGCGAAAAUGUUACAAUUACGUAACUGUCUUGUACAUCGAAAGAAAAAGACCCAAUAAAUCAUAUACUAAAGUUUCAUUUUGAUUGAAUGUGUGCCUGUUUCAGAAUAUUAAUGCAAAUUCACAUAAAAUUUAGGGAGCGGGAGUAGGUAUGUCUCGACGAAUGUUAUGUACCUGAUGACUUGAAUGGAACUUCAGAUUAAUAAUAUAAAUGUAUAACGUUAUUUAGGAACUGAGUAUGUAGUAUUUUUGUAGGUACUUAUUAUUGCGCUGUGAUAGAUAUAAUUUAUUUUACAAUAAAACUGUUAUAAAUAAA